CUUCAGAGUGCAAGUAAACUAACUUUGUACAAGUGCACACAGACACCCAGCUCCAGAGAGGUGCUGUGUCUAGCCAGCGGAGGCUGAUUAAACACUCAGAGCCGGGCUUCCUGUGCCACUCCUGAAAAAGAAUGACUUGGGGAAGGAACGGUUAAUAAGAAAAUGUGCCUUGCUAACUGUGCACAUUACAACAAAGAGCUGGCAGCUCCUGAAGGGAAAGGGCUUGUGCCGCUGCCGUUCAAACUUGUCAGUCAACUCGUGCCAGCAGCCUCAGCGUCUGCCUCCCCAGCACACCCUCAUUACAUGUGUCUGUCUGGCCUGAUCUGUACAUCUGCUCAGAGACGCUCCUGCCCGGCUGAGCCCGGGAAUUUCUGCUCCUCUCCCUGGUGCAAAGAGUGACUUUCUCCUCUGCGUCUCUUCUGCCACCCCCGGGGAUCCUCGCUCCAAGGAGGUUCCUGCUUAUGGUCGCUUCGGACUUGCUCCACCGGCUGCUUGUCCUUGACUUCUAGAAUGGAAGAAGCCGAACUGGUGAAGGAAAGACUCCAGGCCAUCACGGAUAAAAGAAAAAUACAGGAAGAAAUCUCACAGAAACGUCUGAAAAUAGAGGAAGAAAAACUAAAUCACCAGCAUUUGAAGAAAAAGGCCUUGAGGGAGAAAUGGCUUCUAGAUGGAAUCACGAGUGGAAAAGAACAAGAAGAGAUGAAGAAGCAAAAUCAACAAGAUCAGCAUCAGAUUCGAGUCCUAGAACAAAGUAUCCUCAGACUUGAGAAAGAAAUUCAAGACCUUGAAAGGGCUGAACUGCAAAUCUCAACCAAUGAGGAGGUAAUUUUAAAGAAACUAAAAUCAGUUGAGAGGACAACAGAAGACAUAAUAAAGUCUGUGAAGGUGGAAAAGGAAGAAACACCAGGAGUGUCAAUUGAAGACAUAUAUGCUAAUAUUCCUGACCUUCCAAAAUCCUAUAUACCUUCCAGAUUAAGGAAGGACAGAAAUGAAGAAACAGAAGAUGAUGAACAAAACAGAAAAGCUCUGUAUGCGAUGGAAAUUAAAGUUAAAAAAGACCUGAAAACUGGAGAAAGUACAGUCUUGUCUUCAAUACCUCUCCCAUCAGAUGACUUCAAAGGUACAGGAAUUAAAGUGUAUGAUGAUGGACAAAAGUCAGUGUAUGCAGUAGGCUCCAAUCCCAGUGAAGCACACAAUGGCACGGACGGCUUGGCACCUGUGGAAGUAGAGGAGCUUUUAAGACAAGCAUCAGAGAGAAACUCUAAAUGCCCAACAGAGUAUCAUGAGCCUGUAUAUGCCAAUCCAUUUUACAGGCCUACAACUCCACAAAGAGAGAAGUUAACCCCUGAACCAAAUUUUCAAGACAGGAUAAAGAUGAAAGCUAAUGGAUUAAGAAAUGAUAUGAAUGAAUCUAUACCUACUAUGGACAAUGGACUUUCCGAGGAGAAGCCCAACAGUUUCAAUCAUGCCAGCCCUGCACGGCCAGUGCCUCAUCCCCGUUCGAUAACUCAGCCAACAGAGGAGACAUCCCAUGCCCUUCAGAAGAAGCCAAUAAAUCCUCGGGAAGAACCAAAUAUGACCUGGGACAAGUCUGUGUCUUCUCCAAAAGCAAGACAAAGUCCCAGGGAAGCUCUCGUUGGGAAGUCAGAACUCCAGGGGCCUUAUCCUACUGGCCAAGAGGAGGAGGAAGACGUCAGGUAUAACAUCAUGCAUGCCUUGCCUCCUGACGUGAACAGUACAGAACCUGUGACAAUGAUUUUCAUGGGGUAUCAGCAGGCAGAAGACAAUGAAGAAGAGAAGAAGCUUCUGACAGGGUAUGAUGGGGUUAUCCACGCUGAGUUGGUUGUGAUUGACGAUGAGGAAGAAGCUAGGGAAGAAGCAGAGGAACCAUCCUACCACCCUAUUGCUCCCCAUAGUCAGGUCUACAAACCUCCCAAACCAACACCACUUCCCCGAAAGAGAUCCGAAAUUAAACCACAGGAAAACACAAACAACAGAUCUCCUCACAAAAAUUCCAUAUCCCUGAAAGAGCAAGAAGAAAGCUUGGGCAGAUCUGCUCUCCAUUCUCCCACUCACGUUCAGAUCCCAGGAGAUGGGACUGAGGAUCCGUCCUUAACAGCUUUAAGAAUGAGGAUGGCCAAGCUGGGGAAAAAAGUUAUCUGAGACGUGUACCAUCUAUCUUAACAUCCUCUGGAGAAGAAACUAACAAUCUUUAAAAAUAUCUUUUCUGGAUAUUUUUUCUUGCUAAGUUCCAAAAAAUGUAUAAUUAUAUUAAGCCAUGUGAAUACGCAGUAGUUAUUAUUUGUGAAAAAAAUUGAAAAGGCAGGGGAGAAUAACUAUGUAACUUUCCUGUUUACUUGACAAGAUUCAGUAGGGGUGGGUGGGGACCAGCAUAUUUUUAUUGUAUCUAUACCAAAGCAUUUCUUAUAAGAGCUUAUAAGCUUUAAGAAUAAAGUUAUUUAAA